AUGCUGUAUACUGCAUUUUCUGAACUGGAGUUUCUUCCAGAUUCGGAGAGAAUGAGUGUGUGCCUAGUGGGUAGCUGGGCAAAAAUCCCGAAUGGAGAGGAUGGUCACGAAAUGGCGGAGAACAUUUUUCUCAACAGAGAUAAUAUCGUCCCUAUUCCAAGGGAUAAAGCUUAUCUAUCGGAUUUUCGUGAAAAGCAUCCAGAUGUCAAAGCUGCUCUUGUCAAUGGUAUCGAGCAUUUCGACGACCAGUACUUUGGGACUGGUGAGUCGGAAGCGAUUUGCAUGGAUCCCCAACAGCGUAUGCUAAUGCAAGGAGUGAUCCAAGCAUUGGAAAACGCUGGAAUCUCCAUUGAAAUGGCUUCUGAAGCGCGUGUGGCCGUUUACACUGCCGCUUGGUGCUACGACUACAAGGAUCUUCUUCCGCCAGAUCAGUACAUGGCAACUGGAAACUCGGCUAGUGUCAUGUGUGGAAGAAUCACCUAUUUUCUAAACUCUCGGGGAGCAGCUGUUGGAAUUGAAACUGCUUGCUCCUCGUCGCUUGUGGCUUUCCAUCUUGCACGACAGGCAAUUUUAUCGGGAGAAACCAAACUUGCCCUGGUCUGUGGAGCCAAUCAUGUUGGAUCCAGAUCUUUCCACUCUCUUUACAACUCUCAUAUGGUCUCUCCAAAUGGACGCCUUGCUGCUUUCGACCGUUCUGCUAACGGAUUUGUUCGAGCUGAAUCGUUCGCUGUGGCGGUUUUGUGCUCGAACCAGUUUGCAGCGGAAAAUAAUCUGAACAUCCACUGUGAAUGUAUUGGGUCAGCUUUCAACAGUGACGGAAAAACGCCUUCGCUUACCGCGCCAAAUCCAAUUUCGCAAUAUGAAGUUCAACUGGAAGCUUUGAAAGACAUUGACGUCAAUACAGUACAACUUGUGACGUGUCAUGGAACUGGAACUAAACUUGGAGACCAAGUGGAACUAACAGCUAUCAAAAAAUCAUUCAAACCGGAUAUCCGAGUAAUGAGCCCUAAAAGCUCUAUGGGACACGGAGAAGGCGCGGCCGGUCUAAUCGGCGUGCUUCAAUCGCUCUAUUCCAUGCAACAGGGUAUAAUUCCACAUCAACUCCAUCUUCAAUUGCCGUCCGAAGAUUUGGGAGAAGAGAAGUCUAUGGGAUUCGUAAACGAAGAAAUGGAUUUGACUAAGGUGGCGAUUAGCUCAUAUGGUUUUGGAGGAACCAAUGCAUGUGCUAUCAUUACGAAACCAAAACAAAGUACAAUGAAGCAAGAUGCAUAUGCGGAGUCAAAAGUUCUGUUUCUCUCUGCCAAGAGUCAUGAUUCUUUGAAGCUCCAAGUCAAUGAUGUCACUACAUUCUUGGAUCAGUCAGAUGCUGUCUUCGAGGAUAUUUUGUACACUUUUAACGAUAGAAAAACAAAAUACGAUGUGCGAGCAGCAGUAUUUGGAAAAAAUCGAGAGGAAAUGAUUAGAAAACUUCAAAGAGGAGAUUUCUCGCUAACAAAUUCUCAAGAAGGCACUUUCGAAGUGGAGUUCGGAGAGGGAAACGAGAAAUUGUGGUUGCUGAGAAUGCUUUAUGAGACAAAUGAGUCAUUCCACGCAGCUGUGGACAAAUAUUGUAAGCUAGCUGAAACAUGUGGUUUCCCAGAAGCAAGAACAGCCCUGUUCUUCCCCUUCAAGCUCACCUUAACACCUCUCACCUACAACAUCUCUCGUCUUAUAUCCAGUAUGGCGACUUUUGAACUUCUCGUGAAGUAUAACACUCUACCAGGCACGCUUCGAGGAAAAGGACUCGGCCAAGUUUUCUGCCUUGCCGCUGCCAAAGUAAUCAGCUUUGAGAGCGCCGUGCAGCUAAUCAAAGGAGUGGUGGCAGAAGCAAAUCUCAGUGACAUCAUCAGCCAGAUUGAGAUUAAAGCAUCGAAAAUUCCGAUUGAGAUUCAGCACUCGAAGAGCACUGUGAAGAAAAUACUUCCGAUUCACAUUUCGGGCGAGCUUAAGGAAACUGCUAUCCCUAAUCUGAUGUCAUUUGUGGUGAAUGGAGAGGAAGUGGCCGAGUUGGAUCCCAUUAAAAAAGUCCAAAAACUCAACUGCCAGCUUUUCGCAUCCGGCUUCGAUCCAGCUCUUCAGUUUCGGGGACAAAUCGUCAAAACUCCUGGAUACUCAUUUCUCAAGAGAAAGUUUUGGCCAGAGCCACUAAGCAAUGCGAUUGCUGAGGCUGUCGAAGAGGAAGCAAACACAGGAAUAUCUGCUGCUGAAAUUGAAACAACAGUAAAAACAAUUGUCAAGCAAUUUUUGGAUAUUGAUGAAGAUGAUAUUAAUCUCCUGGAAACAGGCGCUGUCGAUUCCUUGACAUCCAUUGAAAUGAUUGAGGCAUUUGGAACUGCUGUAAAUCAAACAAUGCCUUUUGAUUUGUUGGAGAGUUAUCCAACCACAAAAGAUAUUAUCGACUUUCUGAAAACUCUCGUUUCCUCUAACCCAGUACAAAAAACCACAAACGCGGUGGCUAGAAAAGCUACAGGAGCUGUUUCUACGGACACCGAUGUGAAUGUGAUUGCCGCUGACUUUAUGUUUGCAGGAGUUGAUGGAGAGAAAGAACUUUGGGAUACUCUUCUCACCUCUAAACUUGUAACCAACAAAAUUUCGGAAACCAGGAAGAAACAAUGCGAAGGAAAUGCUGGUCUAGAAGUCGGAUUGCUCAAACAAGACAUUUCGUUAUUCGAUAACUCUUUCUUCUCUGUCGCAAAGGAUGAAGCUGAAUUCGUUGAUCCUCAACACCGUCUGCUUCUACAUUCAGCUUACAAUGCAUUAGAAAAAUCUGGUCUCUCUGCGAUUCCUGAUGCAGAUCUAUUCCUAGCUAUUAGCGCUCACUCUGAGUACCGUGCUCUCGCUGAAAAGCUUGUUGAUGACCUAGACGAAAGACUAUGGAUGGGAACUGUACACAGUAUGGCAGCUGGACGAUUAGCAGCAUUAUUGGGCAUUCGGGGUCGUGCGGUAAUUGUCGACACGACGUGUUCAUCUAUAGCCACUGCCCUCGAAAUGGCAGUUAAUUCAAUAAGAGAAGGAAAAAAACAUGCCGUGGUCGCUACAAGCCAACUGAUCCAAUCAUCCAAAUGGUUGUAUUCUUUAAGAACUUUGCUGGACCACCAUAACACAAAAUCGUUCGCAGUUGAUGGCACCGGAUUUUGUCGAUCAGAUGGUGUCGGAAUGAUCAUUCUCAAAGCUGCGGAAACUGGGGACUCAGCACUUAUUCGAAUUUCCUACGCUAAAAGUCAUCACUGCGGUGCUGUUAUCACUCCGGUGGUUAGCUCGAUUUCUCAGCUGUUGGCGGAUGUUGGUGAUGUUUCAUAUGUUGAAGGACAUGGAACAGCAACUUCCGCUGGUGACAGUGCCGAGUCAAUGGCCUAUAAAACGAUGGGAAAAGAAUUGAUCAUGUCUUCAGUUAAAGCUCAAUUCGGGCAUUGUGAAGUGGCAUCCGGACUGAUUCAGCUCAUGAAAGUCGCAUCAUUAAGCAAACAUGGACUGGUUCCCGCCAUUGUUCAUAAUUACCUACCAAAUGAACAUAUAAGGAACAAUGAAGAUAUUCGUCUUCCAUUCGUCUCUGAAGAAAGUGAAGUUAAAGAUUCAGCUAUUGUUUCGUUUGGUAUCACUGGUACCAAAACAGUGGUAACCACCAAGAAAGUUAUCGAAGUUGAGCAUGAAAACUCAUCAAACUGUUUCCUACUACCAAUUAGUGCAAAAACAAAAGAAGCAUUGAAAAGAGCAACUGCUGAUUUGAUUGGAAUGAUAGAAAAUUCUUGUGAGAGCCUUCAAGACAUUUCGACAACUUUGCAAAAACAGAAAACUCAUUUCAAAUGGCGCAGUGCAGUUGUUGGAUGUAAUCACUCAGCAGUUGUCAAGAAUUUGAAAAAGCUACUCACCAGCGAUAAAUCCAGUCUAGCAUCCAACUGGCACAUUUCCACCACUCCCUUCUCUAUCGGAUGCUCAUCAUUUUUCAACAAUGUUCCAGAAUUUGAAGAGCAUUAUACCAUGUUCUGCCAUCGGCUCCGAUUUGAACCACACUCUAAUGAAGGAUCAGUCUAUCAUAUGCUAUCUGUUACAUAUGCACUGAUCAAAAUUAUCCUUCAACACAAACUAUCUUCUUCAUUUGCGGUUGGUGGAUUCAACAGUUUAUUAGUGUUGGCGGCAAUCGAUGCUGCACCAUCCCACUAUCUCAAUGAUCUUCUUCACGCAUUCGCCAACAAUGACAUCCGACAGAUGAAGAGAAUCGCUAGGGAUGUUACAAUUUCUGUGGAAAAUGUGGAAGUUUUGACUUUAAAGGGAGAACCAAUCACAACUGCUCGACAAGCGGUUGAUGCCACAAUUGACAACAAACCAACUAACGUUAGGCUAUCAGAAAAUACUCUGAUAUUAUCUCCAAAUGAAGAAUACCCCUACACCGAGUCUCUUCAGAACAUCAAAGAAUAUUUCAACUUUAUUGGAGAAAAGUUCAUCAGAGGAUCCCAAAUCGAAUUUUUCAGUAUCUUCGGGAAACCAUCAAAGUUGAUUUGUUUACCUGAAUAUCCAUUCAAUCGAAAUUCCUUCUGGCUACCGAUCCCUGAGAAUCAUGCAACAAAUACAAUUCCCAUUGCAGUUCCAACCGAAUAUGAGUUUCUUCUGAAAUCUGAAAAAUGGAAUCAUGUCAAGAAUCAUAUGGUUGAUUCAAAAAUUGUGCUUCCUGGAGCAACGUCUAUUCGCUUGGUUCAUCAACUUCAUGGGAAACCAUCGGUUGGAUUAUCCAAUAUUGACUUUUUGACAAAGAUUACUCCUGCUGAAACACCAACUACCGUAAAACUGAAGAAACAAGACGGAAUGACAACAUUGUGUUUUGGAGAACAUGAUGCUAUCAGUUUUAACUUCAUGGAUUCGCAAAAUUUUGAUUUAAUUCCAAAUGAAAGAUUGAAUGCUGAAACACAUCAUGGCGAUGAUAUCUAUGAGCGAUUCUCCAAAAGUCAUCUAACCUAUCGGAAUGAGUUCCAAAUGCUCAAUUCGUUGAGAUACACUAUGGGCCGAGGAGAAGCGAGAUUUGUAGAAAUGAAGGAUCUCGAUAUUCUCAUUGACGGAACACUUCAAGCCAUCGUUGGCUGCUAUUUCUUCGAGAAUCCCAACGACCACAGCCCAUUUGUUCCGUUUACAGUUGACAAAUGUUUCAUUGCAAAUGGAGAAGUUUCUCAAAAACAGUUGCACACAAUUCUUACAUAUGAUUCGUCAGAUAACUUUAUUACUGGCAGUGCUACAGUGUAUGAUAUGUUGGGAAAUGUCAUCCUUCACAUUUCCAACGUGACAUUUAAACGACUCGAUAAACAAUCACCACUUUCGACGACAUCAAAAACAGUUGACACAUCAAAAAUAACGAAGAGAGUAGAGAAUGAGAAUUUGAAACGGGAAUCUAAAAAUAUGCUUCAUUUAUGGUUCGAAGACAACUUUGGAUGGACUGAUAUCGACAACACAACAGGAUUCUUUGAUCUUGGUUUGACUUCUAUUCAAGCAGUAAAAUUGAGAAAUGCGAUAAAGUCAAAUUAUCCAAAUGCUUCAUCAACUUGUGUAUUUGAUUAUCCGAGUAUUGAACUUCUUUCGGGAUAUCUUUCAACACUCAAUGAUCCACCAACUAUUGAGAAUGAAGACGAGGAUGUAGAAGAUGAUAACAAGGAAUUGGAAGAUGAUAACCCAACACGUUUGGCACAGAGCCCUAUCGGAGUAAUGUCUGCUGCUUGUCGUUUGCCAGGAGGGGUUUCAUCUCCUGCCGAGCUCUGGGAGCUCCUCAAAAUUGGUAAAAAUGCUUCAUCAAGAAUCCCAGCAACUAGAGUUCCCACAAGGAACACGUUGAUAUCAGGAUCAAAAUACGGCAACCCUGUGGAAGGAGGGAACUUCAUCACACAGGACGUCACCCAGUUUGACCCUGCAUUCUUUAAAAUUUCAAAGAGUGAAGCCGAAUUAAUCGAUCCUCAGCAAAGAAUUCUUUUGGAAUGUGUACAGGAAUGCCUGGAGAAUAGUGGUGUCACCGAGACAAGCAAUGUUGGAGUGUUCGUUGGUUUGAUGGAAAAAGAGUAUCAAGAUAUGAUGGAGUCCUCCUCGAUUCUUGCUAUGCUCGGAUCUAUGGCAGCUGUGAUUGCUGGACGUGUGAAUUAUGUCUUUGGAUCUUUCGGUUACAAAUAUCCAUGGUUAAUUUCAGGACCAUCUGUGACUAUUGACACUGCAUGCAGUUCCUCUCUUGUUGCUUUAGAAAUGGCUGUCAAUGCCUUGUUGGAUAACAGAUGUUCCAAAGUUAUUGUGGCUGGAGUCAAUUUAAUUUUAAAUGAGAAGGGACAAGGACUGCGAACCAACGGAAAAAUGCUCUCCCAGCAUGGAAUGUCUUUGAGUUUUGACUCUAGAGCAUCCGGAUACGGUAGAUCUGAUGGAUGUGUUGUUUUGAUGCUGGAAUUAGCCAAACCGAACUUCCACUACAUGUCCACUAUCCAAGCCGUGAACGUGAACCAUGGAGGUAGAAGUGUAUCAUUGACAGCUCCAAAUGGAACUGCCCAUAAAAUGUUGCUCACGUCGGUUAUCAAACAAAGUCCAUCUCUUGCGAUCGAUUAUUGGGAGGCUCAUGGAACCGGUACACCAUUGGGAGAUCCAAUUGAAUUCAAUACACUUUCUUCGAUUCUACAAAAUAUAAUAAUUGGAUCCGUGAAAGCGUCGUUGGGACACGGAGAGGCUUCUGCUGGAACUUGUGGUUUAUUGAAACUCUUCAUGAUGCUCACGUAUCAAUAUGUUCCUACUCUUAUCCAUUUCCACGUUCUCAACAAAGACAUCAAUGCUGGAAGCAUCCGACUUCCUAUCAUCGGAGAAGAAGCUGAAUUGGUUUCUGCUGGAAUCAGUUCAUUCGGAGUCAGCGGAACAAAUGCUGCGGCCAUUGCAUUCAACGAUAACAACAAGUUAGAGCCAUACACUCCGAUUCACAAGUACUACAUUCUGCCGAUAUCUGCAAAGAAUCAAUCUUCUCUCGAUCAACUAGAGAAGCAAAUUCUAUCUGUCAUCCCUAUGACCGAUGUUCCUAUCAGCAGUAUUGCUAGUGCUUUGGCCAAUAACCGAAACCAUUUCAACAUUCGCAAUGCUCUAAUGAUUUCUCACUCCGGCACAGUAAUUUCGAAAAUUGCUGGAAAACCCCAUCGGGUUGCAAAGAAAGAUCGAUUCCAUGUGAAGCUGGGAGAAAACAUUAUUUACCCCAACCUUCUACAGUAUGAUGUCAUUCAUGAGAUGUAUACUGUAGCUGCGUUAAAGAAUCCGCAAUCAUUUGCAAUGAAGUUUGCAAUUAUCAAAUUCCUGGUAUCACUAUCAGAGUUCAUCGAAGUGGUUGCUUCAGACACUGAAGAACUUUUGGCGAUUCUUCUCGCAGAUGGUUCACUGAAAUGGGAGAAACUAGAUAAGAAGAUAUUUGAUUUGCCUGUUGGCAAUUUACUAAAUGAGCUGGCAGACCUAAAUUUGAAUGGAACCACUUCAUCUGCUAUCAAGUCUUAUCAGACACAGCCGGAAUCUUCAACAGUGGACAGUCCGACGAAAGUUAUGCAAAUGAUAAUGAGCCUCUACGUAGCUGGAUAUGAUUUGGACUGGAGCACUGUAUACUCUCCCGUGGAACGGUUUGUCGCUCUUCCAAAUUAUUCAUUCAACAAGCAGACGCUGUGGUUCGAAGAACGAGGAGAAAUCGUGGAUCACUACUUGAUUGGAACUGUUGAGGAGGAAACUGAAGACACCUUGAUUCUUAAGAAUCAAAUUUCGGAACUACGUCAUCCUCAAUUCUUUAAGGGAAAACCACUCGACGUUGGAACAAUGACCGAGAUUGCAAUUGACGCUUUGAAAAUCAGAAAUGAGAUUCCAUUCUCUAUUCAAAACCUAAAAACUGAACAAUUAUCACUGACUAAACCUGCAUGGCUCAAGACAAUUGUGAAGAAAGAGGAAGAUGAUGAAGUGUUCACUGUUUCUGCUUUCAUUGAUGACAAGAAACUUUUCUCGUUGACUGCUUCUUCCAUGGAGAUUGACAAUAUUGAGCUGCCAGCCGUUGAGGUUCAAAUUCCGGACAAGGUUGUGUACUUGAAAGAGUGCCCGAACGCAGUCAUCAGAAGACAAAGAAAUAUGAUUUAUGUUGACUCACGAUCAGAAGUCUCACCAUUCCGUACUGCCAAUAUUGUGCUGAACGAAAUUAUUGGGUUUGCUCCAACUCCGUCUGAUAUGUUUGUGGAGAUCCUCGGAAUACUCCCGCCAGUUUAUUAUAUGGUUCAAGUGGACGAUGGUGCUCUAUGGCAAUUCCAGGUGAGGAAAAUGGACAUGUGCAGAGCAUCAUUAAAAAAAUUCAAAUUUCAGAUGAUCUCUCAAGAAAAACAAGUGUUAUCCAACAUUUACGUGCUCAAAGAUGCCAAGGGAUUGGAAGUGCCAACUAUCAGAAUGCAUAAGAAAUCUACGCUGUUGUCAUCUCAAGAAACCAGUCUGGUGGCUGCAAAAACGCUUCAAAUGGCAGUCAGAAACAAGGUUUGUUUGGCUGUGGGCGAUGUCAUUGACUCUGGUUUGGAAAUCGAUGAGAGUCAGAUGAGUACAGGUUUCUCAGAACUCGGUAUGGAUUCACUGGCGACAGUGGAUCUAUUGAAUCGAUUGAACCAGAAGUACUUCCCAGAAAUUGAGUUAACCACCAGUGACUUGUUUGAUAAUCCGAACAUUAUCGAUUUGUCCAUUAUGAUUGAGCAACUACUAAAUGAAAAAGGAAUCACUGAGCCAGCAACCCCAAAGAUUUUUCUUCGUGAACGCAAACUCUCGAUCCCAGCUGUCAGGGCUCAGGAACUUGCCCAGAUUGAAUUUGUGAAAAACUACAAAGCACAACAGGAGCAGGAAAAAGAAGAAUCCAAGAAAAAACUCGAAAAUGACUUGGAAACACAGCUCCAACAAGAAUCUGAGGUGGAUAGAAACGAUAUUCGCCGUAAAAUUUCGUCUGCAGUAUUUGAUUUGGCUACUGACAGCUUAACUUCUGAAGAUUUGGACUCCAAAGGAUUCACUGAUCUUGGAAUGGAUUCUCUCUCAAUUGUUGACUUUGUGAAUCGAUUAAAUGAGAAAUAUUUCCCAGAAGAUGAAAUCACCGCAAGUGAUGUGUUUGAUUAUCCCACAGUUGAUGAACUGGCAGAUCACAUUGUAAGGAAGAAAAGUGUUUCUUUCCCAUUGCAUCCCGCAUCUGGGGAAACCAUGAACGGAGUGGAGAAUCCGAUCCAAAAUGAGCCAGAAGUCGAGCAACUUACACAAUCUUACAUUCUAAAAAAUAGCCCCACUGGCUUCAAACUUGAUUACCUCCUAACAUGGUCGGGAUUAGGAUUACAAUUGUCAAACCCAUCAAGCUCGAAUUUUAUUCUAGCUCUCAACAUCGAUGGUGGUCAGGAUAAAGAACUUCGGAAGAUGCUUGCUGAGAAACAAAACAUCUUGAUUAACUUUGACAAACUACAAGAUAGUUCAAUUGAGACUAUUUACAUGAGUCUGCUGAAUUUUGUGAAAACUUUAUCGAAAAGCAAAAUCAAGUGCAAUUUUGGAGUGUCUGGAGAGUUCAGUCUUGGAAAUUCAAUUGCCAGAGCGUUCAUGAAAACAAUCUCAUCUGAAAAGUACCCACUUAUCAGUUUUGAAUGGGAUCAGAAAAUCCAACAAGUCAGCUUUACCGACUCAAACUCUUCGAUUCCUGGAAAUUGGUUGAUUACCGGAGGGUUGAGUGGUAUAGGAUUCGAGAUUGGAAAAUUCUUGGGGAACAGUGGAGCUGAAAACGUUAUCCUGAUCAGUCGAAGACAGCCAAGUGCCGAUGUGCUGAAAGAGAUCAAAACGUGGACAGCUAAGGUUCACACAAUAGCAGCUGAUGUCAAUAAUAAGAAAAAAUUGAUUGAAGAGCUAACCCGUGUUAACGUUGAUGUUACUGGAAUUAUUCAUUCUGCUGGAGUACUCAAAGACUCUAAAAUUGAGAGACAGACUAAAGAUUCAUUCAAUGAAGUUUUCAAACCAAAAGCUGACGGUGUGAAGGUUUUGGAAGAAAUUGAGAAGCAUUUCAGUUAUAAGAUCGAACAUUUCAUUAUGAUGUCAUCAUUCACUGCAGCUUGUGGAAAUGAAGGUCAGCUCAAUUACGGAGUUGCUAAUGCUUUCCUGGAACAUCAUGUCCAACGCCGUCGCCGUGAGGGAAAAUCAGGAUGUGCUAUUCAAUGGGGAAACUGGAUUGAUACCGGAAUGGCUACAAACCCACAAGUACGGAAGUUCCUAGCGGAUCUUGGAUUUUUGGGUCAACACAACAAGGAUGCAUUGAAAUAUUUGAAGGCUUGUAUUGAAACAAAGCCAGAAAUUGUCAUGGUCGCUAAUAUUGCCUGGGAUGUUAUAUUGAAGAAUCGCAAAGAUUUGCCCAGAGAUCUUAUCAUCAAUGGAAUUCUUCCCUUCUCUACAGUCACAAUUGAAAUGAAUGGAAAUGAACAAUCUCCGACUUUCUCCGAUAAUUUUGAAGAAGUUUCAAUUAAUGUGGCUGUUGAAGAUGCAGAUGAGGUUCUGGAACUUUUGAAAGAGAAAGUUUCUGAAAUUGUGAAAUGUGCUCCAAGUAAACUGAAAAGCAAUAAGAAUAUCAUGGAUUUGGGGAUGGACUCGAGACUGCUGGUGGAGUUUUUGAAUUAUAUUAACUUGACUUUCAAAAUCAAAUUGAACUUGGCCGAUGCCUACAAUUACUCAACAUUGGAGAAGUUGGCAGCUUGCAUUUUCGACAAACUGAGCAACACUGCGGAAGAAAGUCCAAUGGGUCAAGACGAGACUCAAGAAGAGACACUCGUGGAUAAAAGAGAGACGAAAUCUACAGAUUUCUGUCCAUACUUCGGUGUAAAUGUUUUCUUUGAUAAAAAAGAAAACUUGGAAAAAGCAAAAUCUGAAGCUGUUAAAUGUUUGGUGUCCGGAAAAACAUUACCGGCAGCUGGAAACUUUGCGAUUCCAGUCAUUGGAACUUCCAUCUCGGAUGUUAUCAGCAAAAUCAAAGCUGCAACUGAAACGCAAGUGAAGACUUGCCAAAGAAAAUCGAAAUGCGUUUUGAUGCUCACUGGCCAAGGAUCGCAAUAUCCACUAAUGGGAAGACAACUGGUCGAGAACUAUGAAGUUUUCAGAGCCACGUUGCAAUCCUGCUUAGCUAAAUGUGAUGAAUAUUUGCAAGGAGAAGUCAGCCUUUGGGAGAUUCUCUUCAACACAGAACACUAUAAGCUUCUCCAACUCACAAAACAUAUGCAACCAAUUAUGUUUAGUUUUGGAAUUGCAACUGCUCAGCUUUGGUUAUCAUUUGGGUUAGUACCUGACUACUAUCUCGGUCAUAGUGUUGGAGAACUUGCUGCUGGAGUGCUCGCCGGUAUAAUGACUCUUGAAGACGGUCUUCGUCUCAUUGUGGAACGUGGAAAAGCAAUGGAAAACAUCGCUGGACUAGGAGCUCUUCUUGCCGUUCAACGAGAAAUUGCUGAUGACGUGCUCCGAAAAUUCAAAGUCUCAGUGGCAAUCAUCAAUAGUCCAAAACAAGUUGUUUUCGCAGGAACAAAACCCGAGCUAGAUUCGGCAUUGGCUUUCGUAAAGGGGCAGGGCAAACAAGGCACAUUCGUGAACCAACGCUACCCCUUCCACUCUAGUCUAAUCGAUGAGACCCAUCUGGUCGCCCUGCGCAAAUGUCUCGCAGACAUACGAUUUCGGCAGGGGGCGACGCGUUUGGUAAGCAAUGUGACGGGGCAGAUAAUUAAUACGUUUUCGGAGGCCUACAUCAUCAAACACACCAUCUCCGCCGUGAAAAACAUUUUCAGGUUUGUGGAUUGUGUAGAGACUUUGCGAAACGACGGAGUGGCAGUAUGGAUAGACGCUGGACCAGCUGCGAUUCUGGCUACUUUUGUCAAACGGAUCAUUGUUCCGGCAGAACUGUCAAAACAUCGAAUUGUGCAAACAUGCAAAGAAAAAGAUUCCGAUGUAGAAACUCUUGUCCAAUCCUGUUUGGAAUUAGAGCAGUCUGGAUUUGAGAUUUUAUGGCCAAAAGUUUAUGGAUGUGAUACCGAUACUGAUGCACCACUGGCUCAUUUUCCUGUAGUUCAAAGCGAUACAAUUCAAAACCAUGAAUUCGAAAUUUUGGAGGGUCAUCGCCUUAACGGGAAAAUAAUUGUUGCUGGAGCAUACCAAAUGUUUAAAAUGGAUCAACUCGUCAAAUCCAAAGCCUCAGGAUUGGACUUAGUUCUGAAAAAUGUGAAAUUUGUGAAACCGUGGUACAUUGAGGAUUGCAAAGCUUUUCUGAUCCGCUGGAACUCGGACAUGUCAAUCGAGCUGGUCGUGAAUUCCGUCACUGUAUGUUCUGCUAAAGUUGAGAUGAAGGAAGGAGCCCUGGAAAUUCAGGUCAUUGGAGAAAACGAGAAGCCUUUUGACGUCCAUGAGUUCUACGAAACACUCUAUCGUAACGGAUUACAAUAUGAAAGCGGAUUCAGAAGAAUGGAUGAUUCAAAACGAUCGGACAAACGAUGCUUCUCAAGUCUAAAACCAUCUCCGUUUGCUUGGCCGCUCAUCGAUUCAGCUAUGCAUUCCAUAACUGCCAGUGUUGUUCCUCGUCGUCCUGACAGCUACUUCUUACCGGUUGCUAUGGGACAAGUCACUUUGAAACAAGAAGAGGAUUUCAAAUUGAAAAAUCUCAAUGCACAAACUGUGAUCACUUCGGAAACUGACAAAUUCAUCCAAGUUAAUGUUGUUCUGGUUGCUGGAGACCAAAUCAUUUGCGAGGUGCGAAACAUGACAAUUGUGGUACUCAAACUGGUCCCAGCCGAAACUCCAACACCGACGCCAACGAUUGCCAAAGAGGCCAAAAAAUCGGAAAUUGAAAUCGUAGGCUUUGAUAUUACGCUUCCUUACAAUCAGUUGUCAACCAAUAACGAAAAUUGGAGUUUUCUAAAAACCAAUAGAGUCAAACAACCGCUUCAAACCCGAAACGCUAAAACUGAAGAACGAGUAGCUUUGCUUGAUGCUGAUCUCCGCUACUGGGAUCCAGAAUACUUCGGCAUUCGUCCAAGUGAAGCUGGAUACCUAGAUUCUCAACAACGCUUGCUUCUCACCAGUGUUGCCAAGCUUCUUGACUCAUUGUCUAUUUCUAGUCUUCCAAGUAAAACCGGAGUGUUCAUUGGAUGUUCAACCUAUGAGUUUUCUCAAAUUGUAUAUGCUCAUAAUCAGGAAAAUCCAAGAGCAGAAUGGGGUGGAGGCACUUCGAAUUCCGCUCUAGCUGGGCGAAUUGCUCACUGGCUAAAACUGAAAGGACCCGUUCUGACAGUGGAUACCGCUUGCUCAUCUUCAUUUCACGCUUUAUCGUCUGCUUGCGAAACUAUCCGUUCAGGUCAAUGCGAAUGUGCAAUCGUUGGUACAGUCAAUUUAGUUUUGCAUGAAAUGACAUCCAAUGUGCUUCAAAAUGCUCAAAUGACGGUGCAAGACUUUUGCAAAGCUUUUGAUGUUGAUGCAAAUGGAUACAAGAGAUCAGAAGCGGUUUGCACAUUGCUGAUAUCAAAAACUGGAAAACUGAAAAGUAUGGCCAGUAUUGUGGAUUGGGCAGUUGGUCACAACGGGAACAGUUCUUCUUUGUUCACACCAAAUGGAAUAUCCCAACUGGAAAUUAUGAAAAAAGCUACAAGCAACACCCGUGAUAUCAUUGGUGUCGAAACCCAUUGUACUGGCACAAAACUCGGAGAUCCUAUUGAGCUCAGUGCAAUCUCAAAGUUAAUUUCAACUGAUUGCUCAAUAAGCAGUAGCAAGUCAAACAUCGGUCAUGCUGAAGGUGCAAGUGGGCUCGUUUCUCUCUGUACCCUGUUAAUGUCUCUGCAGACAAAGUACAAAAUGGCACAACUGCAUUUGAAAUGCCCAACUGAAGUGAUAACAAAAGGUGCACUACAUUGUCAAUUUGUUGGUGAAGAUCUGUUAGCUGACGAGCACUCGGCAUUCCUUAUCAAUAAUUUCGGUUUCACGGGCUCUAACUGUUCUUUGGUCAUCAAACCAAAACAAAAUGAUCCCGAAAUUCACGAAUCGAAAGAUGUGUUCUAUCCAAUGCUCUUAUCAGCGCACACUAUAAAAUCUUUGGAGAGAUAUAUCAGUGUAUUCAGAGAAUUCGUAGCAUCUUCUUCUGCAUCUCUCCGUGAUAUCAUGCUCUCUCUUCUCCAAAAGAAGGUUCACGUACACCGACAAUUUUUGAUCUACAGCUUCAAAAGAAAACUUGUUUCGGAUCAAUUUGAUGAUGAGAGAUGGAACCCAAUAAGACAGCGUUGCAUGGUUUUUGUCAAAGAAGGAACAACUGUGUUCGAGAAAGCAACUCAUUUUCAAAGAGUUCAACUACCACCAAUUGUCUUCAAUAAUAGUCUUCAUUGGAAAUUGAAUCCAUUCCAUGAUGAAAUUGGACAACAACCUUGCGUACCUCUCCGGGAAAUAUUCUUCGAGAAGGUGCUAGUAGAAAAAGCCGAGAAUAAUGAACCUCCAAUGAGAAAUGUCGCUUGCGUUGGGCGACUAACUCUCAUUCCGAAAAUUGAAAUGGAAGAGGUCUCUUGUUUUCUAAACGGAAUAAUUGUGUUCCAUCCACUCUCCAAUAGUAUUGAAGAAUUUUUGAAACUCACAGAGCUAUGGAGUCUAGUCAGUCCGGAUCAAAAUAGUGUUAUCAUUGUGGCCUGCUUCAAAAAUGGAACUUCUCAUACCGAAUGGACAGGAGUGCUGCGAUCUUUGGCAUCAGAGAAGCCAAUACUCUACAAAUUUGUGUCAAUCGACCAUGUCGAUCAUUUGAAAAAAGAGUUCAACUACCAAGAUGUCUUUGAAUCCAUUUUUUACUCCAAUGGUUCACGUUAUGUUGAAAGAUUAAAAAGGCUCACACCAACCCCACAAAAAAUGGAAGAAAUCGAGAAGUGCCUGAUUUCUGGAGGAACUGGUGGAAUCGGAAAAGCUGUUUUAAACGAGAUCAAACCCAAAAAGUCAGUCAUCAUCACAAGAAAAGAACCAAAAGAAGAGGAAACCAAAUCUUACUUGUCUUCAGAUGUCGCUGAUUUUAUUAGUCAUUCCAAAUUUGAUCAUGUGUUCCAUUUUGCUGGAACCGUCAAAAAUGCAUCUCAUCUAAAUAUCAAAAAAGAUAUUCUAGAAGAAAUGGUGUUGACAAAAUUUCAAGGAGCCAAAAAUCUGAACCGAUGUUGCUCAAAAUUAGGAAAGUUCUACUUUUCAUCGUCAAUCGCUUGUAUUCUCGGUUCGUUUGGACAGUCUAAUUAUACAUUUGCAAAUGGUUUGGUGAACUCAUUUUUGGAGAAUUUGUCUCGAAACACUAAAAUCAUACACUGGGGACCUUGGAAAGAAGUUGGUAUGCUGGCCAAAUCAGAGUGUGAUGAUAUCAAAAAGCAAAUCGAGAUGAAUGGAUGGAUUCCGCUUUCAAAUUCAGAUGCCUUGUCGGUGUUUUCAACAGAUCUGAUAAAUUCCAAACAUCAAGUAAUUGUUUUCGAUGGAAACUUUGAAGAAAUUGUGUCCCGACAACCACACCUACAGAAUUUGUUGUCUGAAAUAGUUCUGAAAUCAACUGCUCAGAAGAAACAAUUUUCCGACUUUGAAUCCAUUUUCUACGAUGUCGUCGGCAUUAGGGACAUGAACGAUAAGAAACAUAUUCCAUUCAUGGAUCUUGGAAUUGAUUCUUUGUGUAUGGAAAAUCUACGACACACUCUCAACGUACACCUCAACCUGGAAUUGAAUGUUUCUGAAAUUUUUGAAAACGCCACAUACGAAAAAUUGAAGAAUUAUGUGGCCAGUAUGCUGAAAUCGAAAUCUACUGAGAAAUCAAGCCCGAAAAAAAGCGAUAACAUCACUAAUUUUAGAGAAAAUGAUAAUCGUGUAGCUGUGAUUGGAUGGAGUGCAGAAUUUUCUGGAGCUGAGAAUAUUGAAGAAUUCUGGGAAAACCUGCUAGAUGGCGUAGUAUCCACUGGCAAAGAAAACAGUCUGCUGAAAUCUCCAUUUGGUUUUGAUAAUAAAUUCUUCAACAUCACCGAUGAAGAUGCCAAAAUGCUGGAUCCUCAAGUGAGGAAAUUCAUCCAACACUCGUACUUGGCAUUAGAAAAUUCUGGAUACGUUGAUAAGCGGCAGGAUCUGAAAUUUGCAGUUUUUGCUGGAUCGGAACCAUCUGACUAUGGAAGACCGGAAUCUCAAAAUGAUGCAAUGAGAAAACUAUUCGUUAUGAACAUGAACAACUAUCUUGCCAGCUACGCAUCCUACUGUCUUGAUUUGAAGGGAGAAACUGUAUCUGUGUACAGUGCGUGUUCAACAACUUUGGUGGCUGUGGCAAAUGCAGUGAAAACGAUCCAAAGUGGUUCUGUGGAUUACGCAUUAGUGGGUACAGCGUCAAUUGCAGAAGCUUCCGAAUGUCUUUCUGGAAAUAGUGAUGAGAAGAAAACAAUAUUCUCAAAAUCUGGAAUAUGUAGACCAUUCGAUAGAAACUCGGAAGGAAUCGUGAGAGGAUCUGGUGUUGGAUGUUUGGUAUUGAAAAAAUAUUCAGAAGCAAAAAAAGACAACGACAAUAUUCACUUUGUUAUCAAAGACUUUGCAAUCAGUAAUGAUGGAAUUUCUCGUGCUAGCUUCAUGGCACCAAAUCCAGCUGGGCAGCAGAAGUGUAUGACGGAAGUUUUGGAAAAGUUGACACAAGAAGAGAUGAAUAGAAUCGAGUAUGUGGAGUGUCAUGCCACUGGCACGACACUCGGAGACACCAUUGAGAUGAAUGCGCUUCAAACAGCAUACUGUUUCAAGAAAAAUCUACAAAUUGGUUCAUGCAAGGCUAAUAUCGGACAUGCUUAUGCAGCAUCUGGGCUGGCAUCUUUGAUCAAGUGCGCAAAGAUGCUACAAACUGGAAAAGUUCCCCCGCAAGUGAACUUCUCGGAAUUUCGUGAUAGUUUUGGAACCUUUUUCAAUGUUUCCACACAGAAGUCAUUUAUACAAAAUGAUAGUUUUAUUGCGAUUGACUCAUUUGGAAUUGGAGGUACUAACGUUCAUAUGAUUAUUGAAAGGCUAGGGAUCAGAGAAGAAAAAAAUGACGAUGACGUGGAAAAUGUGAUCCUCCCAAUUUCGGCGAACUCAAAAGCUUCUCUAGUUGAAGCUAUUAAAACAAUGGAAGUUCAAUUGAAAAAAUCUAACCUCAACAAACUUUCCUCAACCCUUCUUCAUCAUAGAAACCAAAUGAACUUUCGAGCAUUUAUCAUCGCUUCAAAAAUCAUUGGAAAAGUUCAAAUCAAAAGUUUCUCUAAAAUCAAAACAUCUAUGAAAUCUCCAAAAAUUGCAUUAUUUUUCGCUCCACAAGGAAUUCAAUUUGCCAACAUCUUGCCGCAUGAGUAUGUACAUAAUUUUGAUUUCAAAUCUUCAUUGGAGAGACAUUGCAAAACUGCAGAACAUCUUGGAGUGUCCAACCUUCUAGAAAUUUUAUACCCUGGGAAUUAUGAAAAUGAGGAUCUCAUCCAAGACACUCUUUACUCUCAAAUAUCACUUUUUGUUCAAUGUAUGGCAAUUUUCGAAUGCUUGAAAGCUGUGAUCAAACCACAACUUCUCAUCGGCCAUAGUGUGGGAGAAUACGCAGCGGCGGUUAUCUCUCAAUGCAUAUCGGAAGAAGAAAUGAUGGAACUCUUGAUAGAAAGAUCAAAUUUAAUCAGUCAAACCCAAAAAGCUCGAAUGUUGAUGGUAUGGAAUUAUGAAGAAGAACUUCCAAAUAGUGUGGUAAUAUCCGCCAUAAUUGAUCCCAUCACAAAAUGCAUUGUUGGUCCAACCGAAGCAAUUGACGAACUUGAGAAAACUUUCAAACUCUGCCAAGUCAAGUACCGCAACAUCAAAACAAAUCAUGGAUUCCAUUCUAAAAUGCUUCAACCUGUCUCCCAAAAAUUCAAGAAUCUCUGCUUAUCUUUGCCUUCCGAACCUCCACGAAUUCCAAUUAUUUCAAGCAUCACUGGUCAGCGGAUAAAACGAUUCGACGCUGAAUACUGCAGAAAACAUCUUACCACUGCUGUGAAUCUAGAUCUUGUUGUGGAUAACAUCAUCAAGUCAGGCGUCGAUGUUGUUGUAGAAAUCGGACCUACUGGAGUUCUUUCGAAUUUAUUGGGCAAGAAAAACUCAAAAAUUGUUGUGAUCCCAACAUGUGGAACAAAAAAACACCCCAAAGCCUCAUUAUCCGAUUGUAUUGGAGAACUUUGGUGUUGCGGAAUUGAUAUUCGUCCGUUGUUUCCGAAAUUGAAGAUUGAUGGCAACGCACCCGGAUAUUGUUUUGAUGAAGUACAAUUUGGUGGCCACAAGAAGACCUUCCCUGUUUUAAAAUUCAAUUUUUACUCGGAAAAAUGGAGCAAAUUGAAUAAUUCAUUGUCUACUACAGCUGCUCUUUCUGAUUUUCAAAUAUAUGACAAGAAUAUUGGAUCAACUCAAACCUCGAAAAUCCUCGUCUAUCAUCUUGAAGGUUGUUCGGAUUCUCAUCAAAAUUAUUUUGAAGUGGAGAAAUUUCUAAAACAGUGUCAAUAUGAAACAUGUCUGUUUAUCACAUCCUCUGAUUCUGCAAGUGUUCACAUUAUUUUGGGACUGCUACGAUGCCAUCAAAUUGUUUCAAGAACCAAAAUCAAGUUUGUGGAGAACUUUGAGAAUCUGGAGCUCAAAAAAGUUGUCAGCAAUGCAAUUGCCUCGGAUGGCUUGUAUGUUCGUGUCACUUCGGAAGGGGUGUUCGAACAUGGCUUUUUGCAAAUCUCUCCGAACACGCAUUCGAUAAAAACGAAGAUGAGAGAGAAUGCGUUGGUGUUUGGAGCGAGUGGAUUUGUCGGCCAGUCUGCAUCUAGGCUGCUGCAUUCUUUUGGGACGAACGUUAUAGAAGUGUCGAGAAGCUCGAAAAUUUCCAGUGACAUCCGACACUUGAAAAGUGUUCAGGAGGUAUUGAAAAGUUUGAAUUUGAAGCACUUUGAUUAUGUUCUAAAUUGUGUUGGAAAAGAAUCCUCCUCGAAAAUCAACAAAACUUUUGAAGAACAAGAAGAAACGUUGACAACAAAAACAUAUGGAAAUUCAAAUAUUCUGAAAGCUCUCCAAGAGUACAACAUCAAAGUCGACAAGUAUAUCACUUUCUCAUCAUUGAGCUCUGUUAUUCCUCUUCUCGGAAAUUCAGACUAUGCCAGUGCCAAUUGUUAUGUAGAAGCUCUCAAAUCAACUUUCGUUCAGAAGCUAUUGGUCCUAUCGUUACCUCCACUGGUAGACAGUAGAAUGUAUGAAAAAUCCACGGAAUCCACAAAAGAUAUGCUCUCUAACUUGUCAAUGAACUCGGAAGAACUAGAUAAUGCUCUCAAAAUUGCGCUUCUCACUGAAACUGAAGGAACUUUAUUCGUUUCACUGGAAGAUCCUGCCCAAAUCGCUAGAAAGAGUUUGAGCUAUCACAGGAGAGAUGAAAUAGGAGAGGUUCCUGAAAAUGAACAACGCGAAUGUCUUGUAACCUCAAUCCGCAACAUCUGGAAGGAGACACUUGGACAAUCUUUAGGGAUUGACAUCUCAUCAAACUUUUUCUCCCUUGGUGGAGACUCACUGAGUGCACUUCAAGUUGUUUGGCAAGUUCAGAAGAGAACUGGGAAAACUAUUGAAGUCAACGAUUUGUUCAAUAAUCCAACACUUCAACAAUUCACCGACUUCGUUCAAAUGUCAAAUUCCCAGUUUCGACCUUCCUGUCAUCAAGAUGACGAAAAAAUUCCCGACUUUAAUAAUAUCCAACUGACUCAUUCUCAAACUCAAAUGUUCAUGCUACGUCAAGUUGAUGUCACCUCCAGAUACAAUGUGAUUUUUGAAAUUGUCGUGAAAUAUGAUAUUUCAUUUUGCUGGAAUAGCUUGAAAUACUCGAUCCUCUCAUUGAUUGCCUAUCAAACCAGUUACCGGAGUGUUUUUGAAAACUCCAGACCACCCAUUCAAAAAGUUUGUUCCCUCACGGAAAGUUUUCAUAAUCUAGAUGACAGAUGGGAUUUGUUGGAUGCGAUAUCUCAAGAACUUUAUCAUUCAUUUGAAAUUGGGCAAACUACACCAUUAAGAGUACGAAUUGCGGAGGAUAGUGAUAACAAUCAAAUUCACAUUGUUUUCAAUCAACAUCAUAUUCUCACCGACGGCUGGUCUAUGACAGUUCUUGCUGACACCAUUAGCAAGCUGUAUACUUCGUUUAAACUGAAAACUGUUUUCCCAUUGAAGUCGAAUCAGUCGGUUGCUAAACUUGCAAUCCAACAAUGUGUGGAGAAUCUUCAGGAAGCGGUUGAUAAUGCAUCCAAAUACUUUGAGAACGAGAAUCACACUAUUAUCCCAUACGACGUGUCUGCUGUAAAAGAAGAAAACCACAAGCGUUUCAUAAAGAGAAUUCCAACAAGGAUCUGGUCAAAAAUCGUGGAUAUGUCGAAGAAAUAUAGCACAACCACACACAAUAUUUGCCUGGCAGUUUUUUGUGAAUGCGUGCGUUCCUUCACUGGACAAACAGAUUUGAUGUUUGCGUUUGCGAAUUCUGGAAGGAAUUCAGAGAACAAAGAUCUUGUUGGAUAUUUUAUGAACAAUGCCUUGUUCAAAACAUCCAUCUCAGAAGAUGUUGAAAAGUUUGAAAAAAUAUUAACAAUCGUUUCCAAAUCACUUAAAGAUUGCCGUAAAUGUUCGAAUGUUCCAUUUCACACGCUGGUUGAACAAAAUAGAAAAUUGAAUGCGAUAUCGAUUUACUUUAACUUCCGUCAAAAAUUGGACUAUCCCAGUGUGAGCAUCCCCGGAGCUACAUGUGAAAUCAAACAUCUCUCCUUAAAUAACGCCUUCAGUUUCUCAUUCACAAUUGAUGAAACCCCGACCGGCCCUCUCAUUUCCAUAGACUACGAUAGCUCGAAAUAUUUUGAGUCUACGGUCAACUUGUUCUCCGAAACGUUUUUGAAAAAGGCAAAAUUUUCGUUUUCAAAAGCGCAAAAUAACAAAAUUAUACACGUUCGUCGGCGAGCCGACUUCCCCUCAUUUCUUUUCCAAAUUGACUUGUUGACCUCUUGGAAGCUAUUUUCGGACGAGUCGCCUGCACUUUUGCUCUCAUCAAACACCAUAAUGUACUCUGAACUGGCUGAGAUAAUUGAGAAAGUGGCAAAGUGCAUUCAAAAACAGUACCAAAUCGAGAGAGCUGCUUCAGUCAGAGAGGAUGAUAUAAUUGGAGUAUAUUCUAGUAAAACACCAAUUUCAAUUCUUGCUUGCUCGAUAUUGGGAGCCUCAUAUGCUCCAGUAGACCCCUCAUGGCCCGAAGAUCGACAACUAUAUGUGAAGAGCAAAGUGAAUAUCGUGUUUGAUGAGAGUCAUGAUGUCAAUUUCGAAGUUUUGAAUUUGCGAAGUUUCAAAACCAGAACUCAAUACGCCGGAAUAUACACAAUAUUCACCAGUGGCUCAACUGGUGUUCCAAAAGGUGUCUUUAUGGCCGAACAAUCGGUCUCCUCAUUUUUGACAUCAGCUACGAAACAAUGCAUGUUCCGUGAGAAAGUACGUGUUCUCGAUUCGGUCAAACAUGUGUUUGAUGUCAGUGUUUCAAACAUCUUUGGCCCGAUGCUCAAUGGUGGGUGUCUCAUUUCUGCUGACCACUCCACAACAAUAACCGACAAACUUCAAAAGUGUCAAUACGCGUUCUUACCCGCCGCCGUGUUCAAUGGAUUUACCAGCGAAACAAUGAGAAGGCUGAGAACCGUUGAGACGUUGACCAUCGGUGGAGAGACAGUCUCUGAUGCUGCACUGCAAUGUGCAUUGAAAAUGUAUCCGAAAAUGAGAAUCAUUCAAAUUUAUGGACCCACGGAGACUUGUGUGUGGUCCCUGACAAAUCGAUGUAGAAUUUCGGAGUCAGAAAAUGUUGGAGCAAAUUUAGGAGAGUCAAUGGAAAAUGAAUGUUAUCGAAUUGUAAAUGAUUCCAUUCGAGGUAUUCUCAAAGUUCAAGGAAUUUCACUGGCUCGCGGAUACUUUUCUUCUAAUCCUAAAUGCUUUGGCAAAAAUUACUCAACCGGCGAUGUGGUUGAUAGCCGAUCAGGAAUCGUUAAAUACAUUGGAAGAAUCGACAAUCAAGUAAAAUGGAAAGGCGCUAGAGUGGAUUUGACUGAGCUUGAAAAAGAGCUCCUUUUAUGCUUAGGCUUGCUUCAGGUUGCAAUUGUUUAUUCGAACCAAAUGCUUAUUGCUUUUCUGGCUGGAACUUCAACAGCAUUUCAAUAUUCUGACUUGAUUGCAAAAUUGCAAAACAAAACUCAUCUUCCUGACCAUUAUGUGCAAAUCGAUCAAAUGCCAUUGAAUUCCAGUGGGAAAAUUGAAAAGUCAACUUUAUUGCAGGCUUUUGAAAGUGUUCGCAAAUCAUACAAGCGAGAAAUGGUCCCGAUGAAAAAUUCGUUGGAAGAGAAGAUUGUCAAAGCAAGUGGUGACGUCUUGGGUCGCAAAACAGAAAUCACCGACAAAUUUUCUGAUGUCGGAGGAAAUUCAUUGACUGCUAUCCAACUUGCUCAUCGGUUGACUGAAGAGUUGAAAUUCGAUGUGAAAGCUCACGAAAUACUACAGUCCAACAAUUUUGGAGAUUUGAGCAAAACUUUGGCGAGUUCUGUAACCAAGCCAGAAUCAAAGGUUCCAAAUGUUAUAACCAAAUUGAGAGAGGUGCCCAACUCGAAAUUCAGCAUCUAUUUGGUUCAUGCAAUUGGAGGAACUAUCUAUCCAUACUACUCGUUCCUGCAAAUCUUCCCCAAAAACAUUUCCCUUUAUGGAAUCGAGUUUGAUUUAAAAUAUCCGUGUGGUGAUUUGAGAGAGCUCGCUCAUUUCUAUGCACAGGAGGUUGGGAUAAUUGGAAUUGAAAAACUAAUUUUUAAACGUCAGAUCGCUGCUCAUGCCGGCCAGAAGCAAAUCUUUGUCAUGGGCCACUCAAUGGGAGGAAUUAUGAGUCGUGAAAUCGUGGCAGAAUUGAAAAUCUGGGGAUACCAAAUACCAUUCGUAAUGCUUUUUGAUUCUUGGGUUCUUCGAACGAACGAGCUGGAUAUCGAAAAUAUUAAGCAAUUCAUCACUUACGUUUUCUCCGGCCUUCCAGAUAGUGAACAUCGAAUUGAUAGAGCGAUCAAACUCGCUCAACUUCUCCGAGAAUACAAGACCUCCGUGUCUGAUACCAAACUAUACCUGUUCAAAAGCAAACAACUUGGAGAUGUAGUUUGCAAAGAUUUUCAGAAUCUCCUCAUUCUUUUACAUUUUUACAGAGUGGAUCUGAACGAGGAACUGUCCAGAUCAAUGACUUGCAACGGUUUUGAUGAGCUCUCUUUGCAACCAAUCGAAACAUAUUUGAUUGAUGGUGAUCACGAGUCGUGCUUGAAAGUGGAGAACUUGAAGAAGGUGAAGGAUUUCAUUCUCGCUCCAUUCAAACCGUAUUUCGAUCAAGCUUAA